UGUAAAUAUAACUGACCUUCCCACAACUCAAACACGUUCCGCCCUGUAAACAGCACACAGAGAAUGUUUCCACGUUGGCAUAUCCCAGGGCUCUGUCUGGCCUCAGCCUAGCUUCUCUGAUUUAUCAUCUACCGAACAACUUCUGGCACCGAAUUUUGUACUACCUUCAAAGCCAGACAUAACGAAUAAAAGCAAUGAAAGAAAAAGCAGAGGAAUAAAUGUAGAACUGAACAGUCCUUCCUUGGAUUUGAAGAAUUGAUGAGAUUGUAGCUACGGUUACAUCUGAAUUCUCUAGCUUUACCAUCCAUUGAAAAUAACUAGACACCCCUCAGCUAUAUAAACACUGCCCUGGGCAACUGGCCUGAAGGUUCCCUGUUUUAAAUUCACUAGUUGUUUUAUUUCCUUAUGGAAAAAGACAGUUUCCAGAAGUCAGAAUUAGAGAAAAGUAGGUCUUCCAAAAGAACUACUCCCAAAAGAAUUAUCCAUUUUGUUGAUGGAGACAUCAUGGAAGAAUAUAGCACCGAGGAGGAGGAAGAGGAAGAAAAGAAGGAACAGAAAACAAAUUCAACACAUGAUCCUUCUAAACUCUCAUGGCAGUCGUACUUAUGGUUUUGGGCAGGGCAAAUAGCAAGCACCUCAUUUUCUACAUGUGAAUUUCUUGGUGGAAGAUUUGCUACCUUCUUCGGUCUUACUCAACCCAAAUAUCAGUACGUGUUAAAUGAGUACUAUAGGACACAAAAUAAGGAAAGUGACAAGGAAAGUGAAGGGAAUGGGCCAAAGGCCCGGCCAACCAAGGUUCCUAAUGAAAAGUGUCAUCUGGAGACUGGGGGCCAAGAGUAUGGAACCAGACAACAGGACACUGUGGAGGGUGUUCCUCGGCGGAGCGCCUCAUCCAGGGAGGGCCUGGCAGCUGAUUUCAGCUCAUAAUGGGCAGCAGGACUGUGGUUCCUCUGGGUGUCUGUUCCACCACCACUGAUGACCAUGGCAACAGCCAUAGGUAGUGCUUCUGAGCCAGUCCUGAUUUUCAUCUCCUUGUGAUUUAUUCUCUAGCAUCCAGUGAUUGCAGUGAUGAGAAUAAUUAUGGAUGCUUUCUCAAUUUUAUAAGCCUCCAACUCAA